AGUGCAGGAACAAGUGGCUUUGGACAGCCAAAUCAAACAUCGUUAUUUGGAACUAACACACAGACACCUGCUUUUGGCGGCUUUGGAGCAGGGACGUCAACUUCUACGGGCACGGGCGGUUUUGGAGGCUUUGGCGUUCAAAAUCAGACAACGCCAACUUUUGGGGACAUCCACUGCGACACCAAGUCCACCUCCUAACGGUACAGCGAAUCCAUCUUAUACGACAACAAGCGAAAAAGAUCCAGCUGGAACUUUGAAUAUUUUCCAUAGUAUUAGUGCAAUGCCUGCGUACAGAAAUUUCUCUUUUGAGGAACUUCGACUACAAGAUUACCAAUUAAAUCGAAAACCACUUGCUACUGGAUCUAAUUUUGGUGGGAUUGGUAGUGUAACACCAUCCUUUGGAGCUACAAGCACUCCAAGUGCGUUUGGUGCUGCACCUAGUGGGUUUGGUAAUGCUUUUGGUGUUAAAUCAACACAACCUACUCAGCCAUUUGCAUUUGGUGGUGGUGCUACAGCUACUCCCGCUGCUGGAGGAGGUUUUGGCGCUCAAGUCGGUUCAUCACAAUUAUUUGGCGCAUCAAAACCUUUCGGUGCACCAACAGGAGGGGGAUUUGGUACCGCCACGCCAGGUGCUGGAGGUGGGUUUGGAAGCGCAAUAGGUGGAAUAG